CGUAUGCAAACUGGACGACAUGGCUAUUGUGUGCGUUUGGGCAUAUAUGGAGGCGCCAAUGGCUCGGAGGAUACAGCCCGUCUGAAGUCCCGGAGCGAAGAGUUGCCAUCGGCUGUUUUGUGCGCGUAUUUUCUCUCCUCAGACAUUCUCUUGGCACCAACCGCUCCGCGUUGUCGCUAUGAGCUGCUUGGAUGUGAUGUACCACCAAAGCUAUGGAGCGCACUACCUCCCUGCAGCGGCGUACAAGGCGACGUACUACAACCACCAUCACCAGCAACAACAGAAAAGGCUGAGUGUUUACAGUAAGAUGCAGGAGUGUAUUGAGCAGCAGCAAGUAGGAGGAAGAGGGAUGCUUUCCAGGGAUCAGGGCCUAAACAGGCAGGCUCCGGCGGCACCAGGAGCCGAGUCAGGCCGCAGAUCCACAUCAGAGCUGAAGGAUGUUACUCAGCCGGCAGAGGCGGAGUACUUGAGCUCUCGGUGUGUUUUGUUCACCUACUUCCAAGGCGACAUCGGCGACGUGGUGGAUGAACACUUUUCUCGGGCUCUCAGUCAGUCGAGCAGCUUCAACAGCGAGACCAAACCCAUCAGGGUGACCCAACCGUCUGCCUCAGCCACUGCGGGCUUAUGGAAAGAUGGUGGGUCUCUCCCUGAGGGUCAAAGCAGUUCAGUGUGGAACAGCACUUAUCCAUCCCAAGCCAGUCCUUGCCUCCCCUCUGUCUCGGUCUCAGUCCACCCAGACUUUUCCUCCAGCCCCGUUUCCUUCAACCACCCUGAUGGAGCUCUGUGGGCCGACCACAUUCUGUCGCAGACCAGCCUCCCGCCCCCAUCAACACUCCCCGAUAGCUGGACCUACAGCUUGAGCCCCCAGAGCACAACUGGCUACCCCAAUGUCCAUAAUGUCUACCAUUCUCACCCCCACCUCCACACCCGGCAUCACCACCACCCCAUGCUCCAUUCAUAUCCCACCCACAGCCCGGCAUUGGAUCCCAGGUUUAAUCCUCUGCUGCUACCUGGCGUUAGGAACCCGAACCAGCCGAACACCAGCACAGGGAGUUCCCCCCACAGCGAGGGGGUAAAGACAGAGAUGGACCCGAGAAGCAACAGCCCCAUAGACGCCUCUUCUGUCACCUGGCAGUCCUCGGCCCUCCAGGGAUCCUUGGAGGUGUAUGACUCAGCUCAUGAUCAAACCAAAGCAAAGACGUCAGUUUGGUUCUAACGGAUGAAGGAAAAAAAGAAGAUGGAAUGUCAACUCACACCAAAAAGGAACAAUUUUGUGGCCCAAUCAAUGUGCUGCUGCAACACCAGCACUGUAAUGUACUAUGUAGAUGGAAAGCUUUUUGUAGCUCGGACUGUGAGUCCUGCACUGUCCAAACGACGUAUCAUGAAAAUGAACUCAGGCUCUGGAUUAAAAUGACAGCGGUCUAAUGCUUUGGCUGCAGAUUAAAGCCCAUGAAGAAGAAAACACUGACUGUCACUGGACUGAACGGACUAUAAGCUUUAAGAAUCGGAGGACUCUUCUUCUUGUUCAUCUUCUUUGUGGUCAAAAUAAAACUUUUUUUUUUUUUUUGUGCAAUGUGUGACCAAGUGGUUCUGUUUCAAGAACUUGAUUUUGAUCCACAUUUGAGUUUUGUACAGUAACGUUUCUGUUAAUUCAUGUUUUAUUUCUGUGUGCACAGUUCUGCCAGGCUAAGGUGUUUGCUGGAUGAUUUUUUGCUUUAAAAAAAAUGUUGCCUGAACUUUUGCUAUGUUGCCUUCAGAGAUUGUGUAGUGUAAAUAGUCGUAAUGAAUGUUCAAGAAAUAAAUGGUUGAACUUUA